UUUACUGAGAUAAAACACUGCUUGUUUUAUGAGUUUUAAUUUGAAUUAGUGUGACUCAUCUUUGACGAAAUUCGAGAUUUUGCAUAUUUUUCAUUGUAGUUACUGAUUAAAUUUGUCAAAACGGGGAACGACAUGUCUGUGUCCGCUAUGGAAAAACAUCUUUUUAAUUUAAAGUUUGCAGUCAAGGACUUGGAACGAAAUGCCAAGAAAUGUGAGAAGGAAGAAAAAGCGGAGAUCCUCAAAACCAAGAAAGCUAUUCAGAAAGGUAACACAGAAGUGGCACGAAUUCACGCAGAAAACGCUAUACGACAGAAAAGCCAAUCGCUAAACUACCUGAGAAUGAGUGCUAGGGUCGACGCCGUAGCAAGCAGAGUCCAGACCGCUCUGACAACCCGCCAGGUUACAAAUUCUAUGGCCGGAGUAGUCAAAGCCAUGGAUGCCGCAAUGAAGGGAAUGAAUUUGGAAAAGAUUUCCGGCUUGAUGGAUAAAUUCGAAUCACAGUUUGAAGAUCUGGAUGUACAGAGUUCAUACAUGGAGAACACGAUGUCUCAAACAACAACUACCGCGGUGCCGCAAAACGACGUAGAAGCAUUAAUGCAGCGUGUUGCCGAUGAAGCUGGCUUGGAGCUCAAUAUGGAGCUGCCGUCUGGUCCGUCGGCUUCUGCCGCGAUCGGAACCUCUACGCAAGCAUCGACUGAACAGGAUGAACUAACAGCACGUCUUGCACGGCUUCGUCAGGCUGAGUAAUUAGAGUAAUUUUUGUGUUGUUAAGUUUUGAAAAUGAAAAAAAGAAAACGAUAGACCAUAUUGCUCCAUUUACAUUCAUAAAACGGAUGCUACUCAACCGCUGAAUGCAAAUUACUACCACAAGAACAUAUUUUAUGGUUUAAAUGCAGUAGCUUCAUGAAAACUUAGUUAAGUUAUUACAAUUUACGAAAGUCCAAUAAAUCUGCACUGGAAGCAAAGC